AUGGAUAGGGAAUGUGAAAUUGAUGAGAUCUUGAGCUACAGGUCCACAGCGGAGAACCAAUUACAGGUUAUCACAUUUAGUUUCAUGUUUGCCUGCUUCGCCAUGGCCAUGAAUAUCUUUCAUUUUGCAUGAUGAAUAUUAUUUAUUUUGUGAUUUCAUUUGACUUAUUACAUUCGGCUUGUUCUUUCCUAAAUUUUGAAAGGCCCAAUUUGUGUUGAUAUCUUAAAAUAACUAUCUUGAUUCUGUCUGCCUUUUGUUGCUUGGAUGAUCUGGAUAUCUUGUUCAGGAUUUGUGAUCAUCAAUAUGCAAUAUAUAGCUGAUGCUGUAGAGAAAAGUGUUUUAAAAGGAACCCAUGAUGUUAAAGUGUUUUAGAAGAUUAUUUUAAUUUGCUACAUGUUGGCACAGUCUGACUCGUUUACACUUUUUGCACUCCAAAUGGAGUACCGAGUCAACCAACAUUGCCUAGACAGCUGUAGCUAUCUGAAUAAUAUAUAUGUGUUGUGCUCGGUCAUGAUUGAAUGGGUACUUUGAAUGUAAAAUGUUCGGCAACUAUUGCUUUGUAUUGUCAAGUUCUAAUGAUGUAUUUGGACAUAUUAGUUUUUUAUGAUUUUUCUUUUUUACUAUUUUAAUGCUUCAUUGAAAAAUAGUCACCUAGAUUCUUUAUCAUUUUACAUUUUACUCACCUAGAAUCUUUAAAUAUUUGUUAUCAACUUUUGAUUGCCUUUCAUACUAGAUGUUUGGAUUAAUUGAUCUUGUGACCGUUGAAACUUCGAUAUCCUAUCAUUUAUUAAAAAUAACUUUAUCUUUUUUGUGGUUCUUGCAUUGUAUUUUGGUAGGAUCCCCUCCUCUCCUCUCAGACAACAAAAGGGAAAAGACCAAUGUAUUCCAGGAAAACAGAGAAAACAGUGAACAGAAGGAAAUUAGUUUUGAGAGAAUUCUCCACUCUCCCUCUCUCUCAUGGCACUUCUACCACAAUACCCCCUCUUAUUCACAGGGGAGGGUGUUUAUAUUGUUCAGCCCGUUCUUAUCUCAGUGUUCAUUAUAGAAGCUUCUAGACUGUACACUUACGGCGAAUAUAUCUUUAGGGGUACCAUAUCAUAUUUCAUGUCAAAUAGGUUUGCGGUUUUCUUCUCUUUCUAGUUGCUUAACCUUUCUCACCUGCUAGUGAGAUUUAUCCAAUCUUUUUUUCCUCUAUUAGUUAGGAGCUGGCAUUAGGCUGGCACACAAAAAACACCUCAAAUCCGUGGUAUUUGUCUCGAAAAUGUUAACCAGACAUGAUGGUUAUGGUAACGAUGCUAAUGUGAUAAUUUUCUUAUUCUGCAAGGAGUGUCCUUAGGGGCUUCCAUUUCAUUUACCCAUUUUAUCACCGUUUCUCUGAUCUAAUUACCGUAUGAAGUAUUGUCGUCUUCCCUAAUAUCCAUGAUGGAUCUGUAUUUUUUCUAUCUAUUUGCAGGAUUUUAUGCUGCAGAAGAAAGAUUCUGGUACUGGUACAAGUGAUGUGCAUAAUUCUCAAGAAAAGGGACAAAAUGAUGAGAGGUCGUUCACGAGAUUAAGAGGAUGGUUAAAUUGGCUGUCCCUUGGCAUGCUUGGUGUCGGAGGAACGGCAGACUCUAGCUCAUUUGCUGGUGUUGUUUCUGAUGAAAUUAUCAAGGUACUGUUGAUGACUGUUCAACUGACUUUACUGUUUCAUUUUGUAUAUUUAUGGAUCGUAUUUUUGUUCAGGAUAUCUAUGAGGCUACAGAUUCCCACCCACUGCCUGCUUACAGUAUUGGUGAAAGUUCUCAAAGAAACAAUAUACUUUCAUCACUAGUCAAGUUUGAUAUCGAUCAUUUCACCAUGACAAUCAGCAGCAGGUGCUUCCAUCUUUUCUCCAAAUGCGGUUCAUUACUUGUGGCCAUGUUUGAUAUUCUAUGUUUUUUCUUUAUCUUGGUUCAUUCCUUUAUAUCUUGGUUUUUUAGAGCUUUGACACUUCUUAACCAAAUAAUGUUUGCUAAUCAUUGUUGAAAGAAAGUAGUGUCCGAAACAGGGUUAUUGUAUGUUUGGAACCAAUAUCACGUAUCUGAAACUUAUUCAUUAGGGUCCAUCUGUCCAUUAGGGUAUAGUGUAACAAGGAUAUUUGCAUUGAGUUGUAGUACCUUCUAUGUGAGUAGCUCUAACGAAAGUUGGGGGUGGCUUGCCAGACAAGACAGUGAAUAUCAUACAUCUGCACAAACUUCAGUCGGGCAAUUUCUCUGUCCUACAUUUCAUAGAAUGGCAUAUUUCAUGGAUGGUAAGAUGUCCACCUGUUAUAUUUAUGGGUAUUUGUAUAUUCAAAAGAAAAUACACUGCACGACAUCCGCAAUACCUAUACCAUCAUAGUGAAAAAACCAUGUAAGGUUAUGGAUAAUGAUCACGUCUAUACUCUUUAUAAGACUUAAAAAAAUAGUCCUUGCUCUUUUUAGAAGGUUUUCGCUCACUCUCUCCUUCUGACACAUUAAAAACGUCCACCCUGUAGUACUACGUCGUUAAAAUAGGUUGGUUAUUUUAUUUCAAACUGCACGAAGGGUUGUGGUUAAGAUAGACACCAGUGGAUUAACACCCAGUGGAUUGGAGACAUGCGCAGCUUGCUGCUCAGAAUUGGCAGCCAGCUGAUCCGAUUGGAUUGUAGCCAUGGUGAGCAUGCUUCAGGGAAUUGGAAACACCCUGUCUGUUUGGCUACCUUUAUACAAAUUCAUGUCCUCAUAUCAACUGAAUUCUAAGAGGAGCACUUAUAUAAGACGGGGGAAAUUGAAUGUGUGGUCUGCUAAUUGAGGACAAAGAAAUCUGAGGGAAGGAAAGGACACAACAAAAAGAAAAAUAAAAACUUCCAUAGAGCCUCACCCGUUGCUGUGAUCACCUCUUUACAGUCUAUGAAGGAAAGGUCCAUGCGCCUGGAGUGAGUGCAGUCUAAUCCAUUCGAGAAAGGGCUAGAGUAUUUGAAGCCUGAAAGAUUUUUGUUAAGUUGAGUUUUAUAUAUAAGUUACAUAAGUUUUAUUAAUUUUACUCUUUUAUCCAAAUUAGUCUCUCCCUGUAGAAUGUCCAGCUUGUCCAAUCUGGUACACAUCCAGAUUGGACUGAUCUGAUUCAUAGAUUUGUACAGCUAUUAGGUUUUGUCAGGGAUAGAAAGGUGCUUUAGAUUUUUCCUUCCCAUUGUAUUCAGGGAGAGGCAUCUCUCAGGGAAGCAUAAAUAAGAUAUUAUUUUUUUAGGAGUUUGAUGUGGAGAAUUAUUGGGUAUCAAAUACCACGUCUCAUAUUUUAUUGCAAGGGCAAGAGGUUGGCAGGUGAUGACUGGGGAGAUCAAAGUGCCGAGGGAUUGAUCCAGGGUCAGAGAUUCCAGCAUAUUUCCCGCAAACGAUCUUAUCACGUUAUAUUUUUGUAUAUCUUUUGGUACGCUAUUAACUAUAGUAAAUAAGAGUCAUUUGGUUUCGUAAAAAAUUGAUUGUCUUGCUUUCUGAUAUAAUAGCCGGGUUUAGUCGCUAGCCUGGAACUUGACAAUCCCUUCUAGAGUUAUCAAUUUAUGAUAUGAAUUUCAUGAUGAUAUUCUUUUUUUUUAUUUAAUCACAAUAUUACUUGACACUUAAUGUUGUUUAAAUUGUUGUGGCCCACCACCUUUCCUAUUUGUAUGUCUUCGUAAUGAAAGGUAUCCUUCAGUUUGCAUUUGUUUUAAAAUUUUGAUUCUAGGUAUGUUUGUUGUAAUUGUAGGAAACAACAUGUCAAAGACAUAGCCCUCCUGUUUUUGGACGGUGUUGGUGUAGAAUGUAAAAUUUCGGAGGAUUCUAUUGACAUUACUCUCUUGAUGAAGUCUGCUAAGAUAAUCAACCCAUGUAACGAUAACAUCUUGCUGACAUCUGGAAAGGUUUAUUCUGUACCUUCACUAUUCCUGUACGUACUUGGACUUUAGAUGUUGAUGUUCCAAACAAAUUGGCAUCACUUUGUGGUACCUUUCCCAUAUCUUAUUUACCCAAUCAGUCACUUUUUUAGAAAAAGAAAAAUGAUGAGCAUUUUUCAGUGCAGAUUUCUGAUGGUGGUCUCUCGUCAACAAAUACUCCAUGUUUUUGUGCUCACAUUAAAGCCCCACCCAUAGGGCGGACCUUUGAUCUUUCCAUAGAGGUGGCUUGUCUGUUUUUUUUGUCUUAAUAAAUGCAUUGAUAUCUACGUUGGUGAACAUCACUAGAAAAUUGUUUGUUCAUGUUUGGAGAAACUCAUGAGAAAUGUUUGACAGGCCGUUCUUCAGUGUAUUGAAAUUUCAUAUGACUUGGAUUUUCUUAAAUACGUUUUGGAAUUUCAGAGUGCACUUGGAAGCGUACAGUUUCAGAACCAAAGAGUAAGAAUUCUCUCUUCGAGCGUAAUUUCGUUAUCUCCUGGUGAUUGUGUAUAAUAUACUUCUGCAGGUUCCUGGAUUUUAUCAUUCAUUCCUUGUUAUGCGCAUUUUCCCUGCUUUGUUAUGCCUACUCAAGUGUUCAAAUUAUUCCUUGUUUUGAUUUCACGAGAAAUAUUACCCAUCAAAGUAUAUCACAUCUUGGUUUACAUUCUGAUGUUUGAAAGUCUUAGCCUUUAUUGUUUUGGGAUGGCAAGUAACCUCUUGUUUGCAAAUCCAUAACUGUAGUUUUGCAUUUCUAUUGCAACUUAUGAAAACUAUUUAUUGUAACUGUAGUUUUGUUUUCGACUAAAUAUAUGAUUUGCACUAAUUUGGAUUAUUUUUAUGCUAAAAUUAUUUUAUUUUUAUAGAAAAUUUUGGUUGAAUUGCAGGUUAUGUCGUCAUUUAAUGACUUUGUACAAGUCAAUGCUAGGGUGUUGUCAAAAGCUGAGUAAGUGUUGUCAUUUAAUGGCUAUGUUUCUGACUAUGGUCAAACUUGGGGGACUAUACUGUGUUCAGACCCAGUUGCUACUUCUCAUUGCAGGUACAUCUUCCUAACUCGUAAAAAGGUUAUCUGGGAUGUUAGUGUUCGAGAUGUUAAUGUAAAGGUUCCUCAGAUAUGCAACGGCUCAGAAUCUCAUAUUAUGGUAUGCCUUCUGCAAGUCAAGCUGUAUUAUACUCCAUGCAUUAUGUCAAACGUUAGUUUUCCUAUGCUCAAUAAAAGAUUUAUUUUUUGAACUUAGUUACUCUACCCGUAUUAGAUUCAAUGACCUUCUGUCAGUAGUUUUUUUCUUUCUGUUGCUUGUACUUCUAUUUUGAAGUAUAUUAGAUGCUAAGAGUACAAGUAUGGUAUUUUAUUCUCAAGGAUGACCGUAGAAUACUAUUCCACUUUUAGGAAAAAUGCUCCUACCGUGGGAGUACUAGUUUGGAGCACUUUACUUCAUCACAAGAUAUGAUAUCAGUGUGCUUAAUUUACUGCCGCAAUUAUGUGUGGAGUUCAAUUUCACGAUUUACCAUAUCGACCUGGAUUCAUUGUGCCUGUUCACAGCCAAUGCUUUUGUUCCGUUAUCAGCAAACUUUUUGUUUUCAAUCCAUCGCUGGACCAGAGAGAAGUCAUGUGAUAGUCGAGCUGGGAACUUACAUAGUGAUUACAUCCUCACCCAACUACAAAAAAUCUGCGAGACACUUGAAGUACGUAGGGCUUACAUUGUCGCUGGGUCUCUUUUUGUCCCUGUUCUUUCCCUUUCUUGAGAAUCGUAUUAAAACAAAGAGCUUCCUCUAGGGCUCUAAAGUUUUACUGAAUCUCUAGUCAUUUUGGUAGAGCUUCCUCUGGCCCUCUCAAUUUUACUGAAUCUCAACUCAUGGCUUCCGCCUUUGGAUCAUAUCUUUCCGUGUCUCUGAUAUGUGAAAUUUGACAAGUGUAAUUGAUGAUGGUACGAAUUAUAGCUCUUGUGUUUACUUGGAUAUAGGUCGAUGUUCCCUUAUUUUUUUAAAGAGUACUGCCAUGAUUGUUGCUCACAAAAUAAAGGAACAUUAUCCUUGCUCUUAACCAAAGUUUGUUCCUCUCUUCUGACAUCUCUCAGGGAAGCAUAAAAUGAAAUAUAAUUUUUUUGACCUAUAUGGUUCGUAUUAAGUGAUAAGAGAAUAUACUUCCUACUUGACUGAACAAAGUUGUUUGACUCUCAAAUUCUUUACCAAAUAUAGCAUUAAGGAAAUCUGUCAAACAUUUUGAACAUAUUUGUACUCAUUUCUUGGAUCUGAGCUUGAAAUUUUGUGAGAGUUUUUAAUCUUUCGGAUACUUUUAUUCUGAUGUAGGUUUAUGCACUGUUUCCAGAGUGCAAGCACUCUAUAAAAAAAAACUAGUUUGGAUACCGGAGGUGUUGCCAUUGAGAACAUUUCUUUAUCUAGAAUCCUUGCCCACCAUGUACAGAACAUUGGUGCUCCUUACCAGCUGUUUUCGUCUUGCCUGUAUGAAGACAUCCGACCUCAAUUGUUUCCAAGUACAAGAAGUUUGUUCUUAUCAUGCUGUGCAGGUACUAAAACUAGGGACUCUUCACCUAAUGUCAAGAAGCAGAACGAAAAGUGACUCCGUAAUGAUUGACAAUAAGGAUCACUUUUGUGAUUCUUUGAUGAACAUGUUACCAGCUUACAACUUGCCAUCGAACUUUGAGCUUGAAGAUCUCUACGAACACCUGGAGAUUGAUCUGAUUGACUUUGAGGUGGUACUUUAUUCUAUUUGACGGUCUGAUAUAUAUGCAUAUAUAUAUAUAUAUAUGCAUAUCCAUAUCUGUAUAUAUCUAUAUCAAGUUCUGAUCUUUGCAUUUUAAUUUUGUAGGCAAACAUCUUGGCAACUAAGUCAAUUGAUGUUCUUCCCGUCUUUGGGAAGUUCAAUGCAAGUGUUAUCCUCAGGUUAUGCGUAUUUUUUGAUGAACCGACUAUGAAGCAGUUGGAUGUAAUUUUCUUCCCAUGGUUUCAUUAAAAUAUUCUCGUCUGAAUGUUUUACCCUGUACUGUGUUCUUUCAAGUAGAGUUUUGUUGCCUCUCUUUAUCUCCGAAUUGACACAUCUGGUUUAAGUCUAGACCAUAUCUGUGUUGCUUCGGAUUAAUUCAUCUUGAGGAUAUCAGGAUUGAAUUUCUGCACAUUCUUGCUUGUGCAUUGUAAUCUUCUCAAAAUAAAAUUCAAAUUUCUACUUUUGGCUGUUUUGCUUGAUUUGAGCUUGUGGUUGGUCAUCUCUGAGUUCCUGGCCUUCAAUGCACUGAAAAAUUGAAAAUGAUAAUUCUCCAUCGAAUUGCAGGCCCACUGCACUGUUCAUUUACUUGAUGUGCAUAUUUCUCCAAUGGUAUUUGGCAUUCUUUCAAAAUUAGGUUCUAUGAAGAAUGAAGAAGUCAUUGAGAAAGGUAAUGAAUUGCAUGCUGCUUCUACACAUUCAAAGGGCCUGAAUUUGUCAUGGUACUCGGCAUCUACCGAGUUGAAUCAUUUCAAUCUUUAUGUGGACCUUGAAGAUGAUUCGGACCAAAGUUCUGUGAUUUCAAUCAGCUUAACGGAUUCUAUGAUUAGGUUAGUCUAUUUUGAAAAACAUAUUUUCAAUUUAAGUUAUUCAUUGUUUUUGGGAAAAAUGAUUUAAGUUAUUUCCAAUUGCAGAUAUACUUUUCAAGAAUCUGUUGAUUUUCGUUUCCUUGUGAAGAUGAUGAAGAUAAGUGGUGAAGGUGCUUCGAAAGACAGACCCAGUAGCUAUAUCCUUUGCUCAUCUAGAAGCAGCGCUCUUGCAGAAUCCCAGUCUUCUCAUGAUGAAGAACUCCGUCUGAACAGAUCUGAAACUGCUCGUGCUGGACAAUGUUCCUUGGGUGAUGAAUGUUUUGGAUUUCAUUAUCAGGCUCAUAAAAGUGGUUCGACAGCUCACCAUAAGUGUGAUAUAGGUCUUAGUGAGUUUGAUUUCCACAUUCAUCCUAGUGUCGUUGGGCUUCUGCAGGAGUCAUACAUCAGAAUAUUUGCUCACGGAAAUCAUUCAUAUGAUGCUUCUUCAAGAUCCUCUUUGCAGGACUUCCUCGAAUCAGACAAAAUCAAUGAUAAAAGUUCAGUCUCUGAUAACGAGCUCCAUAAUUAUGGUUUAUUAGGGUUAUCUGAUUCUCCCUUCAAUCAAUUUCCUUCUACAAACACUAGUUCUGCUGGAUUUUCCUGUGGUACUGGAAGGCCAUUCUUUCAGAGUCUUCCUAGGAAGAGAAGUGAUUAUAUUCUAAAUGAGGAAUCUCCUACAAUCCGAAUGGCUGAUAUCAAUAAGAAGCCUGAGAGCAUACCUGGGAUCGGUAGUAAUGAAGACCAUGCCUGUCUGAAUUCGGAAAGCAGUGAUAUUUUCACGGCGGAUUUUAAUCUCAGAGAAGUCAGAGUUCAUUUCCAUGAUUCGUCCUCUGUUCUGGCAACUCUUAGUUGCUCUUCUUUUGGGCUUUCUUUUUCCUUUGAAGGGGUUGAUUCUUGGGAUGCAUUUUGCCAAUCUGACGGAUUGAAUCUCACUUCACCGUGGUCCACUUCAUCAUGGUCUUCUCCAAAUGUCUCUGAGCUUGUGUGGGGCCCAUCCUCACCGACAAUGUCCUCAACUCUAAACGUUCAUGUUAAAAAGUUCAGAAAUGAUGCAGAGUUCCUUCUGACUGAAACAUAUAUCAUGCUUCAGCGUGUAAGCUGUAUUUUAUCGCCUGAGUUUCUUGCUAUGGUCAUUGGCUAUUUUAGUUUGCCUGAUUGGACUCCACAGACAAAAGGAUUUCAUGCCGCUGAAGAUGAAAAGUUUGAGAGCGCUCAAAGUGAAUAUUGCCAUAUGGGGUACAGGUUUGAGAUACUUGAUUCUUCUCUGAUUUUUCCCGUGGAAAACAAAGAUUACUGUCUCCAGCUUGGUCUCCCAAAACUGAGUGGCAGUUUCAUUCCAACGAUUCAUUCAGUAGGCGCUUUAAGAGAUGUGCCCGCUGACUGUGUGAUUCCUGAAAUAAAUAUUUCUGACGUACUUCAUCUGGUGGAUGUAUCUAUACGGGGCGCAUCAUUGGCAGUCGUUUUGCUUGAUGAUGGUAGAGUUCGAUUAAUGUCUGGGGAGCAUUCUUGUAGUAGAAACGUUACAUUACUUUCACUGCUUGAUGCUGACUUUUGGAUCAGAAUACCACUUGGAACCGCGCCAGAAGAUGAGAAGAAUGCUGUUCCAACUUCCAUCAUGGUGAAAGCGGAUGCCUGCAAUUUGGUCAUUGAAGGUGAGAAAGUAGUCAUAAAUAGUGCUUACGCCAAAACCAGUAAAGCAUUGACUGAAAUACGUUGUUGACAUUGCCAUUAUUAAAUAUUUUUAUGUUUUUUGUGUGUAGAUGAGUGGUUUGUUCGAGGCCUUGAAGCAAUGGGCACAUCCAUAGACCAACUUUCAAUUGUUGUUGAUGAAUCUAAGAAUUUCAAAUCUGAUGCUUUGCAAUUUAUUCAAUUAAAGAGAAAGUUGAAGGAGACUAAUGCUGUUACAAACCUUUCUGCUGAGAUUCCCAUUGAUAUCAGAAUAUGUGCCAACGCACUGUCAUUGAAGUUGAUGCGCUCUGCCUCAUCAGAGCUUGUUGCAGUUGUGAAUACAAAAGUGAUACUUUCAGCACUCUUAAGAACCGAAUUGGUGCAUAAGAUUGAUGCUGAUAUCAUGCAUAUAAUUCUACAUUCUUCUCUGAAUUCUGUUGUCUUACUAUCAUUUGUAUCAGAAGAUUUCAGUACAUCUGUCAUGAGUAUCAACUUCGCCAGAUCAGAUGAAAGGGGAAAUGAACUUCAACUUUGUAUCCCUGCCCUUGACAUAUGGUUGCAUCUUUCAGAUUGGACUAAAGUAAUUGAUCUUGUUAAUGCCUGUGAAGGGCUUUCAGGUGGACCAUCAAGGUCACCUUUGGACUGUUCACCUUCAGAAUCUGAAUCACAGAAUGAUCCCGAAGCUCCAGGUAUAUUGCCUUCCUGUGCACAAACAGAUACCACUCGAGAAGAAGUUGACCUCAUUGUGAAAUCCAACAAAAUGGUGCUUUCACUUCACUUGCCGAUUGAGCAAAUGGAAAAACCCAUGGGUACCAAGGAGGUUAGUGAGUCCCUGGAGUUGUGGAAGAACAUACUGGGAGAAAGUAUGCCUUCCUUCCAAGGAUUACAUUCACAAUACUUAACCUUCACUCUGCACAGCCGAGAUACAAAAUUGACUGUAAGCAUCAGGGGUAUAGUGCUUAAAUGUAGUGCAGGAAGGAUGAAAAUGACCAUCAAGGUAACCGAAAACCAAGAUUUUCAUUCCAUGCCGUUCAUUCAUUUUUUUCUGGGAAAGGUGGCGGCUGAAAUACACGGGAAACCAGAGAAAUUCUGUCUUACUAUAUCUGACGUGAAAGUGGAAACUUUAGAUAUGAAUUUACUCCAGGAGAUGAUCAAAAUAUCAAAGGACAUUCGGUUUGCAACUUCUGGAACGGAUAAUUGGGACAUGCCUCUUCACCUUGUAUUCUUUCAUGUACAUUUCACAAGGUUGUCUUUGCUGUUAAGCGACCAAAGGGUAUGCUAUCUUAGACUCACCGGGUUACUUUGGGCCGUUAUUUGCUUUCUUUAGUCGAAUCAAUUUUUAUUUUUUUACAUAUUUUGCAUAUUUUUCUUCAUAUAUCAAGCAUGACUCUUCUCCUCACUGGUAAGACAUGAACAUUAAGUGCAACUGAGAAUGUGCUUAUCGUGAAGUGAUCUCUUAAUGUCUCGCACAUUUAUGUGAAAGUAACCUUUUCAAAUGGUGUGCUUUUAGCUCACAGCUUAACAGUAUUCAAAUACUUAACAUUCCAAAAUUAGAAGAUCAAUGUUACACCAGAUGCUUAUUACAAACUUUCAUCUCAUUUCGAAAAAUGGCGAUAUAUUUUUAUUUCUUUCUUUCUUAUACUAGUAAUUGCGUAAAUUUUGAUAAUAUAGGUAAAAUAACAUCAUAAAAUUAUGUUAAAAUUAUGUUUAAAUAGGGAGGAUGUGCCAAAAUGUUCCAGAGGGCAAAAAAUAUGAAUAGAGAGGAACAAAGGAUUCUGGCCAAUUAUGUUACUCAUGUCCAGUAUGUAGAUGAAACUAAUUUUGCAACAAGAUUUUGCAUGUGUUAUUUUUAUUGUUUAUUAAAUUUUGAGAGCAUAUUUUGAACAUCAUCGUAGUCAUUUGUAUUAAUUAAGCUCUUUUAGAUGAUUUAUAACCUAAUUAUUUGAAUAUUUUUACCUCUGCAUGGACUGUCAUCUGUGCUUUUUCAUCAUUCUGUAGAAUAAACAUCCUUGGUUUGUUGCGUGCACAAGACACCUUAAAAUAUUGUCACAUUAUUAUCCCCAUUUAUUGUAAUUUUUAUUUUAUUGAUAUAUUUUAGUUUAGACAAUAAAAAUCAAAUACCACGAAUAAUAAGCAGAUAUUUGACUUGGCUUUGCAAAUAAUAUUUGUUAUGCAACCGCAAUGGAGACUUAAUUUCACAUAGAAAGUGGAUUGGAGUCCAGUAAAUUAAAGAAAAUGUUUUUCCUUUCAUCAUCUCAUCGGGAAUUGUGAUGACAACAUGUUUCCAAGCUGCCUUCUCAAGUUGGCAGAAGCCAAGGUCCACAGCCCGAUUUGAGAAUCUGGUCUUUAUGACUUGUGGUGCCACAAUUAGAAACUUGUAGGGAUCUGAGAGUCCUCUGGUUUCUGACUCUUUUUGUUAAUGUUCAAAAAAUUUGAUGAUUUUAGUCAAUCUAAAUUGUGGGUUAAAAGCUCAAGUUCUUUUAUGGCUAUGGCCUGAAUGACUUGAAAGUUUUUAAAUGUAGAAAUAUAUAUCAUCAGCCUUCAUUUCUUGUGGAGUCAAAGUUUGGCCAUUUUGGGCGACUCUGAUAUAUGUUGACUUUUUAUGGUUACCAUUCACAAAUCAAAAUGACUCCAAUCUUCACGGUUUGUGGGAUCAAAGUUUGGACACUAUGAUGGGUAAUCCUCGUGACAUAGGAUCAAAACCUGCUGACAUAGGAUCUGUAUUGUUUGCUUGCUUCAGGGAAAAAGUCAACGGUUCUCCUUCAUUGCUUGUUAAUCUCAGUUGAUGAUUUCUUUUCAUUGAUGCCUUCUAUGAGAAGAAACUUUCAAGAACCGUUUCAGCCUCUCAUCUCUGAGUAAUGCCUUUUUCACACGUUUUACUUGUGUGUGCAGUUGAGAUCUUGUGGAUCCAUAUUUGACAUUACUUGUAAGAAUAUGCUUGUUGAAGGGAAAACUGCUACUAAGCUGUCAGUCGAAUCUCAGCUUUCGGUAAAUUACAAGAAUUUUCAAAAGGUAUAAGAUCCUCUUUCCUUGGAAAGAUUUCGCUGUUCCAAGCUAGGCCUUCCUAGAAGUAAGGAAACAUGAUGGCAUUUCAGGUUAUGUGGGAGCCCUUUAUAGAACCAUGGAGCUUUCGUGUGGAGCUGAUUCAAUAUGUGAACAGUGGUUUUCCUAGUAGACCUGACACUAGAGAUAUAUUCUUGAGCUCACAGCAAGAGCUUAAUUUGAAUAUAACAGAGCCUGUAGUUGAGGUACCUCUCUAGUCUUUCUCCUUCUUUUUUUCCAUUUCAAGCUUGUGAAUCGGAUGCUCUUAUUUGAUAGGAUUGUUAUGCUCUUGUGCAUGUGUCCUUGUCGUUGAAGGGAUUGAAACAUGUUCUUCAGGAGACUCACUUAAAAAAAAAUGAAGGUGGUAAUUCACGUAGAAAAUGCCUAGAAACACAGGGGGAAACAUGGGGUGUAAGAUACUUUGCAGGUGUAGAAAACGGAGAAAAACCUCUGUCACCUCUUACGCCACUUAAUAUAGGGAGGAACCCUAGAUUACUGUCCAAGAAUACCCUCAAUCUUUGGCAUUAUUUCCCUACGACCUAGAACUUCCAACAGCAGGAAACACAAGGAAAUAUUCAAUGUGAAUUUAUCGAGAGCUUCCCUAAAAUUUUGGUGCAAAUGAUACGAAUUUUUCAGAAAAAAUUUAAAUGAUGUUGCUCAACUCCAAAAGAGAUGCUGAAGUAUGUAGUACCUAAAACUCCAUGAUAUAAUCGAUAUCUUGAAUAAAAUACUAGUUUUUUCAUGAAUCUUUUUAUUUUUGUUUUGUUUCCUAUCGCUUCUACUUCUCCCUCUGGCAACUAAAAUUGGCCACGUUAAAGUUUUCGUGGGUAUGAUUCUCUUCUUUCCUUGCCCACAAGAAAAGCAUUUGAUUUGCAAUGUUUCUAAAGAUUCCCAGUGGUUGGUCAAUCUGGCGGUAUGUGAUCAAUGUUAAUUUUAGUUAUCAAUCUUUAGUGAAAAAAAACUUCUGCAGGCUAUUUUCCUGUUGCAUCGGAUGGCUAAUAACACUGCGGACACGAAUGGGCCUUACAAGUGUCAUGAAAGUGGCGGUCAAUUGGCUUUGGAGUUCAGUCACAACGUAUUGAGAAAGCAAGCUCCCUAUAUUAUUUGCAAUGAGACGUCCUUGCCAUUUUCAUUUUGGGUGUCCUACGGCCCUUCAAACUCAGAAAGCAACAGUGUCAUGUCAAUGAAACAGGGGAAUACUGUACAGCCUGGAUUUUCUGUGCCAAUAUAUGUUGAGGAGCCCCCAGAAACGCAUUUACCAAAAAAGGCAUCUUAUUCCUCCGAAAGACUCCUAGAGAGAAAAAUGAACCCUGUUGCACAUCAUCUUAUCUCUGUUCAACUAGAUGGAACCUCAAAUCCGUCCAAGCCUAUGUCUAUGGACCUUGUGGGGAUCAGCUACUUUGAUAUUAAUUUCUCUAAAUCGAGAGCAACAGAAACGGCUGUGGUCACAGAUGAGGAGGCUUCUCUCAAGGGUAGAGAUAAUGAAUCAUACAUCACUGAUCCAUCAAGUGGGCUUGUUGUCCCUGUUGUGUUUGAUGUUUCAAUGCAUUGCUACAGCAAGAUGGUCAGGCUAUAUUCAACGGUAUGCAUUUAUUGACCUCUAUUCAUUGUUGCAAUCGAGUUGUCCUCAUCCUCAACAUUUUUCACUAAAAUUCAGGUCUUAUUGCUUAAUGCAACGUCUAAGAGUCUGGAGCUACGCUUUGAUAUUCCAUUUGGUGUCUCUCCCAAGGUACAGUGAUCUCCCUCCAUGUGAAUCCACACUUCUGUUAAUAAAAUACAGUGCUAUUAGUGGACUUUUCCUCAUGAUAUGAUCCUGGGCUGGGCAAACACUUGAUGGCACCCAAGACAGGUCCCAUCAUCUGUUCUUGGUUUCACAUGCAUAGGGGUUGGAUUUCCUUUAUAGAGGCUGAGCAUGUUCAAGAGAAAGAAAAUACUCUUGCUUGUUGAUCCAUCAAAUCAUUAUUUGCAGAAAAUUUCCUAGAAUGCAGUUUCGGUCUGGUUGGUCUGGUUGUUGCUAUCUAUAUUCUUCUUUUUUUCUAUUAUCUCAUGCUUUUAUUUAUUAUUUCCGUUUUGAAUUGAUAAGCAAUUUUUAUAGAAUUUAUUGCUGAAGAAAUAAUGGGCAAUCUAUGAAAACUAUUUUCUCUUCCCAGAUACUUGGUCCUAUACAACCUGGCCAAGAGUUCCCCUUACCUGUGCAUUUGGCUGAAGCUGUUGGGAUGAGAUGGCGUCCAGUUGAUUCAAAUUAUUUCUGGAGUGAAGCCCAUUCUCUAUCUAAAAUUCUUUCACAUGAGAAUAGACUUGGAUUCAUGAGGUCCUUUGUUUGUUACCCUUCGUUCCCCAAGAGUGAUCCGUUUCGUUGCUGUAUAUCCAUUGAAGACCGGAGUGUAAUUUAUCCCUAUGGCUCAAAAGGUGGCUCUUCCCUGCACAUAAAUACCACAUCUGACGAAGCUAAGAUCAGUGGGCAGGAUAUGCUUAAUCAUGGUAAAUCAGCAAAAAUAUUUAUCCGUCAAGUGAGGCUAACCACUCCAUUGUUGGUGAAGAACAAUCUUCCUUCACCAUUAUCGUUGACAAUUGACAGUGGUGGAGUCAUAACGUCCAUCUGCCUAUCAGAGGUUUGCCAUGAACACUAGGGUUUCUUCUGAGGAGUCCCCUUUUUCCCUGUGUGGCUUCCUUUCAUAUUGAGGUGAAAUCGGAUGCCGUGUGUUUUUCAGGUGGACGCUGCCUCCAUCUUUCAGAUUGAUUCCACUCAUGACCUCGAGAUCACAUUCCAUCUGGAAGCUUACAACCCGGUCAUUUCAAAGUUUCCUCGAGCAGAAACGUUCACCGCCAUGGCAAAGUUGCAUGAGACAAAAUUUGUAACGUCCGACCGACUAACUUUCUAUCCUAGUAAACAUAACGGUAAUUCGUCUCAUAAAAGUUCCUUUCUUGAUUUGAUUUAUUGGUCCUCAUCAACAAAUUUACUGACAGGUUGCUGGUCAACUACAGGUCCAAUAUGUGUCAAAGUGGAUAAGAUGAUGGAUGCCUACUGUGGUGCACGAGAAAUAUGCAUUUCGGUCCCAUUCUUGGUGUAUAAUUGCACUGGUUUGCCACUAGGAAUCAUAGAUGAUGAUCUCCAGCAUAAAGGACAUCCCCAUUUCAUUCCAUGUAGUUACCCUCUCAAAGGGGACGAGAACCCUUCUUUUGGAAGGCAUGGUAUUUCUAUUUUAACCUCAGGAAGGGAAAUGCUCACUGAUCCGUUGGGUACCAGUAGUAAUUUAGGGAAUCUAUUGAAUCAUCACCCCAUGCGUUCGAGCAAGAUAUCUGAGCAACGUUUAUUUAAGACCCGAAGCAAACAUGCUUUGGCAGUAGAUUCACCUGAAGAUGCUUGUGAUCCCUCUGAGAGUGCUGCUCUGGAUAGAAUAGAGACUACUCAUGCAAAGUUUGGCUGCAGUGGAGGCAGAGGUAGUCGACCAAGUUCCUCUGCAAAUAUCAAAGGCAUGGAAAAUGAAGGAAAGGUCAAGCCAUUCAUGUAUUCUCCUCCUAGUCAUUUAUCUGAGAACGAUCUUGUGGUUAGACUUCAGAAGUAUUCACUUCAAGAACAUGUAACUGAUGACUGGAAUGAUACAUGGUCAAGCCCAUUUUCUCUUGUCCCAGCAGGUGGAUCAACUAGUGUUGUCAUUCCUCAACCAGGAAUAAGUGAUGCAUUUCUAGUGUCUGUUACCUCAAGCCAAGUUUCUGGAGACCUCACUGGAAUGGCUAGGGCAGUCAUUUUCCAGCCAAGGUACUCUUUUUGUUGUAUUUAGCAAGAAUGAAAAGAAUUUUCAUAAGUUUUUUUUAUUUUUCUUUUACGAGUUGAUAUAUAUCGUUCGCUUAAUCUAUUAAUACAAAAAAUCCCUAUUGUUCGAAUUUCCUUAAUCGUUGUAAUUAUUCAUAAUAAUACUAGUUAUCAUCACUAAUGAGCUCUCUCAUUGCAUUUUCUGUUGGAUUCAAUAAACUAAGGCAGCUAUCAUUGAAUUUCUACAUGUACACUGAAUCUUAACUUGGCCUCUCUGCACCUUGAAAUAUACAUGCUUCAGAGUUGGCGUGGGAUCAGAAUUGAGACUCUGAGCUCGAUACCUCAUACUCAGGUUUUAGCCCAAUAAGGGAUGUAAAAAUGAUAUCCCUUUGUCUGUACUUAGAAAAGGCUCUUUUGAUCAUCCUCAUCAGAUGAGUUCUCCUCAAUGAAUAACGAUCAAUCUUUUAUUUUCUUAGCUCUUGGUGUGUAUUUCAGUUGUCAGAUGAUAAAUAUCAUGUUUUUCCCACAAAGAUUUCUUCUUAAGUAUUCACUCCUUGUUAAUCGCCUUCUUCCAUAAAUUGAUUGACUGAAACUGAAGACUAACAGAGUUCCUCAACGUCACAAUCAUGUUGUUGUUCUCGAGAAGCCACUAUUGAAAUUUCCAGUCUUCUAGCUUGAGGCUGGAAGCUCUCAUUGAUAUAAACCUAUUUUCGUACAAAACAGCAGGAAAAUGAUACGUUGCAGCAAACCAUACCAUAUAUUUGACCUUACUUAGCUUCAUCAAAGUCAUUUGAAGUGAAAUAUUAUCACUUCCAUAAAUAGUUUCGGCAUGAACAAACCUAAUAGAUGACUGCAGUUGUCAAGUUUUUGCUCCUAAAGAUCGUUAUCAGAUGCCUGAUGUGUAAACCUCGAAAAAAUAGGCCAACAAAAGCAUGUGGAAGAAGAGGGUGAGACUCUCCUUGUUAAGACAUUGAAAAAAUUCCUCGAUCUCCAGUAUGUCCUGGGAUUACCUCUGCUCUGGUUAGUGGACCUGGUUUCGGAUAGAUAUUCUCAUUCUUGGAUGGGUUUCCCACAUUUUUUUUAUAAGAACUUGCAGAAAGACUACAAAACAACCCCCUCGGAAACUAAUCCCUGUAAAACACAUUUAAGGAAAAAAGAUGCAGAAGAGGUUCUUGGGUUCUCCUGAUAUAUCUAUAAAUAGGGCAAAUCCCAAAAAAAAAAAAACCAUUUUAUAAAGGGUGCCAUGGAUAAAAUACAUAAAUUUUAUCCCAAAGUAGCUAAAGAUACAGUAAAGGACACAAAUGCCCUUAUCUCCUCAAGAAUAACUUUAUCCAUAUUUAACAUUUUCAGGAAUAUAUUAUUUACCUGAAUUCACUUUUUGCCUGUAAAUUGGACAAUUUCAUUGGACUGUCUGCGCGGAUCCUCUGAGAUAAAAAGUGUUAAAUAUGGGAGGGUAUCCUGUCAGAUACUGACAUUGGGGGUCUCAAAGGUCCAUAACAUUUGUGUAUAGCUUUUGGCUUAGGUCAUAACAUUUCCUAGCCUGCAUAUGAAAUGUUGUGGCCUCUGCAGAAUCCUCUAGGAGGUAAGUGAAAAAAUAAGAGAAGUAAAAUGACGAGGGAGCACUGAUAUAGAACCAUUGCAAAGACCCCAUCACUCUGGGGAAGAGGUUACUACAUUUGUGGUCAGGUGAGGAAUGUCGUCAGUUACUUUGUUUGGGUACGUACCAUAUCGCAUAUUGCAUAAGAAUUGUCUUAAGUGUCAGAAAAACCUUGGGCUUGGCCCUCUGAGUAUUCCACAUCUCUUGAAGAUGUUUAUCUCUCUAAUAAAAAGAAUUGAGAACCGAUUCCUUAGUGAUGGAUGUAGUAGUUCCUGUGGUUGGAGGAUCUAUAUGGUCCGGACCUCGAUCCUCUGCCCGACAAUUACCCGCUCUUGGAUCACCACCAUUCAACUGCAGAAAGAACUUUAUACCGAGAGCCUUUCUCCUAGAAUGCCAAUCUGCCAUUAAUUUUUCAUUAUUUGAAUUCAUGCACCAAUUGAUUUUACUUCAUAUAAGUGAUAUAUUAAUCAGAACUGAAUAUUCCUCUAUCUAUUGUUUUAAAAAAUAGAACCUCAAUGCCCUGAGCUUCAUCUUGUGUUUGUAUUGACGUAUGCGAUGUAGUUGGGUGCUUGAAACUCAGUUAUGUUGGUCUUUUUAAUGGAUGUAUUUUUUACUUCGCCUCAGAUAUGUUAUCUGUAAUGCUUGUUGCAAGCACCUAUAUUACAAGCAGAAGGGAACCAGUGACUCUCACAGCGUCAGGUUGGGUGUGGGACAACAUUCCCAUCUCCACUGGACGGAUACAACAAGGUAUAUGGGCAUUCAGUAAUAUAAAUUGAAAAUCUUCCAUAGAUUUACACUUCAUACAGAAUAUGCUGAUCUAAAAGUUACUUUUUUCUCUCUUGCUUACUCAUUUUCCCAGCCAUCGUUUUCAGAUGAUCCAUGUGGGUUUCUUUUUUGUGCCUGCUAAUCCAAAAUCAAAGUUUUGACAUUGACCAUAAGUGGUGUUAUACCUGUGUAAGCCGGCUAGAGCUCCAAAACAGAAGGAUAAUCGUCUACAUUCUUAUUUGGAGAUGGUCAGUAUUGUCCCACAAAAUCAUGAAAUACAGUGGAAUAUGUGCAAAUAGCUCUCUAAAGAAUUCCCUAUACAUCAUUAGAAAGCCCACACCAACAUGGUGUUGGACAAGAACUUUAGAUUCCUAGGUUAAAAAAAAAUUAUGGUAUUAUUGAGAUAAUGUAUUGAAGUAUCAUGCCCUUAGUGGGUGAAUAGUGCGUAGCAUCAUGCCAUGACUUAUCCUACCCAUUUUUUUACCAGCCCUUAGUGGGUGGCGGUGUGAUGAAUGCACCAUCUAAAACUUAUGAGGAUAAAACUCUUCACUUCUCGCUGCCUCGCCCUCCAGCUUUCUACAUCCUCAGCCAACAGAAACUGCGAGAAGAGCAAUAGAAGAGCCCAAGAAAUUAACCCACAUUAUAUGAACUUCAUUCGUUCGCGUCCUCAAAAACUAUCCAGGCUUCUCUUUUGCUAAGCAAACAAGAAAGCAUGUGAGCACCGGCAUCUGAUGUAAUGAUGAUGCCAUUUUGAUUGGAAGAUUUAGUGAGGAUCGACAACCAUUUUAGGUGACGAAUUUGAAGCAAAUCGCCACAGAUCUGUGGCUCUACUUCUUGAGUGUGUUAUAGAUCUCCUAGUAAUGCGAGAAAUGUGGUGAAUAAACCUAAAAAUAACCCUCAUAGCAGGAAGGAAUUCAUGCUUUUUGGGUUACUACCCCCAGCCUCGCAACUUCAUAUACCAAACUAGCACCACUGCGUACAACUUUAUCUAGAUGCCCAUCUAAUGCACCUUACUUUCCGCCUAAUUUUUCCGAAACCUGGUCCUAAGACCCUGUUUUUUGGUAUUUGACCUCCGAAAUCUUCCUAGGUUACACUUUUUUUCAGACAUUGUACAGUCUUUGGGGCAUUGUGAUUAUAAUCAGCUUGAUUUUCGUCUAUUGGUGGCAUUUUCACAGAGAUCUGCUAAUAUGCAUUCGAUUUGAUGAACGCGGUGGCCAAUGGUCGGGAAGCUUUCUUCCUGACUGCCUUGGAGAUGCUCAGGUCAAAGUGCGCAACCAUGUUUCUGGUGCAUUGGAUAUGGUUCGGGUUGAGAUACAGAAUGCUAACAUGUUGAUCAACGAGACAAAAGAUGUUGGGGUCUCCACUGGAAAUUCUGGAACUUACUUGAUCCUCUUGUCCGAUGAUGACUCUGGGUUUAUGCCUUACAGAAUUGACAACUUUUCAAUGGAGGUAAGGAAUUUUUUUAGAAAAUCUUUCUAAUGUUGAUGCUGUAUUUUUUUUCUUCUGUUCUUUUCCCACUCAAAACAUGGUUUCUUUGCAUAAGACACUAAAAAUUGAUGGGCUCUCUCUUGGACAGACUCAGAUAUAAGGCAAAGACCCCCUUCACUAAAAUUAGUUUUCCUUUUUUGUUGUUAAAGAGGAUAUAUCAAAAAAAAAUUACUCACAAAAAAUGAGGUCCAUAAUUAUAUUAUUUGACUCUUGAAACCAUCUUUGGUACAAAAUAAAGGGAACUUCCACCAGGAACUUCCGCCGUCAAGGCUCUCUCUAGGAAGAGUUGGCGUAAUAUACGGUUAGCAGGACCACCUUGGCAAAAAAGGAAACUGAUGAAUUACCAAAGGAAACAGAGGGAGAUGGUUCACUGGAAGAAGUGACUGUGCUUACAAUGGACAUGCAGCACAUAGCUUCACUGCAUCCUACGAGGAGGGAGAUGCUACUCUACUCAGUGAGCAACUUUGCUAAAGGGCAAGAUCUACCUAGUUUUAGAUGGUUCACUGGAAUAAGUGACUGUGCUUACAAUGGACAUGCAGCACAUAGCUUCACUGCAUCCUACGAGGAGGGAGAUGCUACUCUACUCAGUGAGCAACUUUGCUAAAGGGCAAGAUCUACCUAGUUUUUCAUUAUAAUAAAUUUUGUAAUCGUUCCAUCUUUCAACCAUCUCUAACUAUAAAAUCGUUAUUUUGCGCAACUUUUCAUGAUCCUAUAUGUGGAAACAUCGAACUCUGUUGAUCUAUCCAAGUUUUUGGUAAGGAAUUGAACCACCUGUCCCCAGUGCAAUUGCAGUGAGCCCCCUAUAUUUAACCACUCGAGGUAGUUUCAUUUUUCACUAUGGAUUUUUUCUGGCAUGUCCCUCAUAUGGAAAAUAUAAAAAAGGUGCAGAAUCCUGCAAGACAACAUGUAAGUCAUUUUCACAGAAUCUAUUGAUAUAAAUUGUCAAUAGUAACAUGACAUGAACUCAAUCUUCCACAGCAGAUAACUGGAUUCUGGAAAAUAUUAUGGGUACAUCAGGCACCAAGCAGGCAUUACACCAUCAGAUAAGGAAGAUAUGCAUAUUCUAAUUAAGCUACCAACCAUGGCAUACAGAAGUUCAGGAGGGGAUGCUGACUGCUGAAACAAAAGUCUAUAAUCUAUAUUUGUAAAAAAUAAAAAAUAAAAAACGUGAGGUUUUAUUUGUGCUUCUAUUCACCAUUUGUUUGGUAGAUUAAUUUCUCCAGAUCUGGAUGAAGUAGUUAUCUAUUUUCAGAUUAUAUAAUCCAUUCACCUCUUUGUCUAUGUUGAUCAUCGUUCUCCUAUCCCUGUCCUUAUUUCUCAUUUACGAUGGGUAUCCAUAUUUUACAGAGCCUAAGAAUCUACCAGCAGAAAUGUGAAACAGCUGAAAUCAUGGUGCAUUCCUAUUCAUCUUGCCAGUAUGCUUGGGAUGAGCCUUGCUGCCCUCAUCGUCUUAUUGUUGAAGUAUGGUUCAUCCUUCUUCCUGCUUUUAUAUUCCCUGAAGAAAAAAAUAUUUUUCGGGAAUUCUCAUUCUUCCCUUAACUAGGUGCCUGGGGAGCAUGUUCUGGGAACUUAUAAUCUAGAUGAUGUGAAGGAGUACCCACCAGUCUUCUUGCCAUCCUCAUCUGAGGUAAAUAUGGAAACCGUGAAUAUUUCCCCCUUUAUCUCUCUGACAUUUCAAGUAUUUGUUGAUGCUGAUGGCUUAGCAUGUAUGUUUGUAAGCUGUCCUUUUCCAACAACGAACGAAUUCACUACUACUAGUUGAUCUACUAUGUUUAAAAAUUAGGGUUCUACUUACAUUAGAAAAUUACUGUUUCUCUCUUCAAUUUGUGUAUAUAAUUUGUCCCUAAUCAUCUGUGCAGAAACCUGAAAGAAGGUUCUUUGUAGCUGUACGUGCAGAGGGAGCAACUAAGGUUCCUCACCGUGUCUAGUCUUUUUCCCGGCCAGAAAAUAUGUGAUUGUAGAACUCUAAUGAAUGAGCCUCUUUUGGUGCUUACAGGUUCUCAGCAUCAUCGAUUCGCGGUAUCAUAGUUUGAGAGAUAUUGAUUCUCUUGGAACAAAAGGGAAGAGAAAAUUAAGUCAGCAGGAAGAGAGGAAUGUCGAUUUUAGUGAGAGGAUGAUACUGCACCUUCCCUUCAUAGGGAUCUCGUUGAUUAACUCUUCUCCGCAGGUACCUGAAGAGAAGCCAUUCUCGUCCUAAAUAGGCAUAAUAGAUGCUUGUUUCCUUCGCAUACUCAUAGCUUGUGACUUACUGUAGGAACUCGUUUAUGCAACUGCAAAGGAGACAACAGUGACUUUAAUGCAGAGCUCAGAUAAGCAAAAGAUGUCCUUUCAGAUGGUAUCACUGCAAAUUGAUAAUCAACUGCCCAAUGCUCCGUAUCCUAUUCUUCUCUCAUUUGAUCAUGAUCAUGGAGGUAGUCCCUCCGGCUUAAGGAAUCAGGAUAGCAUAUUGAGGAUACGGAUGGAUGAUAUGAUGUCUGCCUCUUGUGAGGACACGCAUGAAUCAGACCUCUACUUUGCUGCAUCAAAAUGGAGGAAGGAGACCUCAUUUGUUUCCUUUGAAUAUUUCAAUAUAAGGUAGCCCUUUCACCACAAGUCUGAAAAAAAAAAAAAAACUUUUAUCUGAUUCUUGAAUAAUCGAAUGUUCUUAUCGUGUUUCAGAGUGGCACCCCUCACUAUUGAGCUUGAAGAACUGGUCCUUCUACAAUUUCUUGCCUUUCUAAGAUCUGUAUCAUCAAGCUUGGAGAAUGGGAUUCUGAAGAAUCAACACUCAGAGCUCUGUACCCUGGAGCAUGAUCAAGGCUACAAGAAUCACCUGCCCGAGGAUGUAGAUGGUGAGAUUUAUGGUAUGUCCAUGACUUCGCGCCAGUUCCAUUCCUACAAGGAAGCCAGAUUUGUAGAGCGGUACACUAGUCCCUUGCCUUUUGUGGUCCCAAUCGGAGCUCCAUGGCAGCGGAUAUCUCUCUUAGCUAGGCAUCAGAAAAAGAUAUAUAUUGAAGCAUUCGAAUUGGCUCCUGUUAGCUUAACUGUAAGGUAAGUGCUUCUAUUUUCUUUUUAACUUCAUGCCAUUCUCGUACGGUGGCUAUCUUUGCAAGUGUCGCUUUUUUUUUUAACUUGUGUCGGCACACUUCUUUGAAGUUUUUCAAGCAACCCCUGGUUGAUGCGGAAGGAAGAUUUAUUGGAAGCAGAAUCUUUUUUUCAUGUCAGAAGUAUCGCAUUUCAGGUGGGCCUAGUUUCUAUUGUUUUCAAGAUUUUAAAAUUCAGAUGUGGUUUCCCGAAGUUCAGGCCUAAUUCCUCCUAUUCUUCAAGAUGUAGAGUAGAACCCAACUGAAUUGAAAGACAUCAUAAGAAGCUGUCUCAAGUUUUUGAAGAAAAAUGGUAUUAGCUUGGCCCAGAAUAUAAGAAAAAACUCAUUCAGUUUCUUUGACUAACAGUUGUCACCCCUCUCACUGAUAAGUGAAUCAGGGACUAAUUGUUGGAAAACGUUAUCUUAUUUCUUGCUGAGAACGAAUUACUAAAUUAACAUGCAUUGAAUUAAAAUUGAAGGGUAAGUUUUGACCCCCAGAUUACGUAUUUAUGAAAAAGCCUCCCCACUAGGUAACCCCUGAAAGCUUCCUAAAUUGUUAACUAUGGUCAUUCCUAUUAAUUCUAUGUUUCAAUGAAUAAAAUUCUGGGCUCGAAAAUUUUCGGCACUAAAAGUAACUAACGGAGAAAAUAAAUCAUUUUUGAAGGUACAAUGUUUUGCUCACCUUUGUUGUUGAAUUGAGAUGCUCACAACACUAUUUGUUCGCAGAGAGGUCUGAUGGCCCUCGUGGAUGUCGAAGGUGUACCGUUUCAUCUUAAAGAGCUGGUUCUCACCAAUUUCAUGGCUAGUCGAGAGUCGAUUCAAGAAAUUGUCGCCAGGCAUUAUACAAAGCAGCUUCUGCAUGAGAUAUACAAGGUGAGAUCAUCACUACAAUUUUCUAAAGGUACAUUAUGAAGAAAAAAAAGUGUUUAUCCUUUCAUCUUCAAGGUUAAGUAGCAUUUAUGUUCAGACUUUUAGCUCGUUCAAAAUCAUUGUACAGAAUAAUAUAUUGUUCGUUGACCAAUUUACCCAGAAAAAGAUUGUUCUCACUUCUAGAUUUCCUUUGUAUGCACCAUAGGUAUUUGGUUCUGCUGGUUUGAUAGGAAAUCCUAUGGGUUUUGCAAGAAACGUUGGGAUUGGCAUCAAAGAUUUCCUCUCAGUUUCUUCAAAGGGCAUUGUCCAGGUCUGCUAUAGUCGUUCACAUUUCCGUGUUUAUCGUCCGUAUCACAACAGGAGUGACAUUAAUAGUGUCCAUGCAGAGCCCCACUGGACUUAUAACUGGAGUGGCACAAGGCUCAAAAAGUCUUCUCGGCAAUACUAUCUAUGCCAUGAGCAGUGCUGCUUCACAGUUCAGUAAAGCCGUCCACAAGGUACUCUAUUUCCCUCCUUUAUCUUUAUAAAUCAGAAAAUGUUUUAAUCCGGAUUCUGGGCCAUGAGAUAUUUUUGUUUUUUUCCUUUCAGGGCAUUGUUGCUUUAACCUUCGAUGAGCAGGUUGCUGGCAAAAUGGAAAGACAGCAUAAUGAUCAUGAUUCUCAUGCUAAAGGCAUAUUAAAUGAAUUUUUGGAGGUAUUUGAAUGCACAUUGUCUCUGAUUCCCUGUUUUUCCAAACUUAAAUCGUUCAUUUAUUUUUCUAUGUUCUCAAUUUUAUUUUUUUUCCCUGAUUAUCUGAUUCAUUUAUUUCCAAACGUAAAAGAAGUGUUAAGGUCAACAUUGAUAAUCAAUUCUAUGUUCUCAAUUUUAUUUUUUUCUUCUAAUGUUUCAGGGUCUAACUGGACUUCUUCAAUCCCCCAUAAGGGGUGCUGAGAAACAUGGGCUUCCUGGAGUUGUAUCAGGUGAGGGUAGAAAAGAAUUUCUUUAUCAAUAUAAUAACAGCAUAAAUCCGCAUUCAUCUCGCUGAACUUGCUAUAAUUUUAUUUCUGCAGGGAUAGUCCUAGGCACUGCUGGACUGGUGGCAAGGCCGAUGGCCAGCAUUCUUGAAACAACUGGAAAAGCAGCACAAAGCAUCAGGAAAAGAAGUAGCCCUCACCAAUCCAAACGCUUCCGUACCCGACUGCCAAGGCCUCUAGCCAGAGACUUGCCCUUGUCCCCAUACUCUUGGGAAGAAGCUAUCGGUGUCUCGAUGCUUUUAGAAGCUGAUAGCUCCAGGUUCAAGGAUGAGAUAUUUAUCAAGUGCAGAGGCCUUAAACAGGAUGGAAAAUUUAUCAUCAUUACUGAGAGACUAGUAGUGAUCGUCUUGUGUUCUGCUCUGGUGGGUCUGGGGAAACCUGGCUUCCUUGGCGUUGCUGAUGUCGUGUGGGUGAUUGAAACAGAAAUGACUAUAGAUAGUAUCAUUCACAUCGACAGGGAAGCAAUGGUUGUCAAUGUUGUUGGGAGUAAGGUGGAAACCCUAUCAAGACAGAAGAGGAAUGACGGGAUAAUGUGGAACCCUCCAGCAUCAGUACCUCUUUUUCAGAUGAGCACAGAACUGCCUGAUGAGGAAACAGCUGAGGAUGUACUGCAGACACUGUGGUCAAUAAAGGAACAAGGGGAUUUGCGGAAUAGAAGCGUGAAAAUUCUUCACAGAAGCAACCUAAGAUGAAAGAUUGUACGUGAAAACCUUGAUUUUCAAUCUUAGCUGCCGGUGACAAUAGCCAUUGGCAUUUUAUCAUCAAGGUGCUCGUCUGUUUGCCGAGCAGAAAAGGCAAGCUGGCAUCCUUAUUUCCCUCAAUUUUGCUGUGGACUGCCAGAGGUCGAGACAUACUCUCACAGUCCAUAAGGGGAAGUUGCAAGAAAGAGAGUCUGGUAUUGAAGGCAAAAUACCUGUGCGGCAAGCGAAAGGGAAUCCGUAGUUAUAUCCAUUGCUGCUAUCACUUUCAGCUCAUCUGGACGUCACCGCUUCUUUAAUCCGAAGCCCGCAUGAUCUUCUGCAUUUAAAAUAG